AUGAAACGAUCAUAUUCAAACCAAAAGAAAAGUGAUGAUGUCUUUAUUUAUAUGUAUAAUCCAUCGCUCGAGCCUACUCCUACGCCCAACAUCGACCUCCCUACGCAAUCAAACUGUACCACUGAAAUCAAUGAAGUUAAUGAGAUAAAUCAUCUUGAAAAUUUUGUGAAUGAGCAUACUGAUGAAUCUGGAAUGGCAAAUAUCAAGCGACAAAAGCAAUGGGGCCGGAAUGAAACGUUGGCUUUGCUAGAGAUAAUGAAAAAUUAUUACAAAGCUCUUAAUACUGCUAAGUCACUCAGCCAAAAGGCAAAAAUAUGGCAAAAUAUCUGUGAGCAAUUUGACACAUUAUACCCGAAUAGGAGCGAAAAGGGCUAUAAGAAAAAGUAUAAAAAUACUGAGCAACGGUUUAUUGAUAGGUGGGAGAAGCUUUUGGCGGAAUAUAAGAAAAUGCAAGACAAUAAUCGGCGAACGGGUGCGGAAAGAAUGGAGUUUGAAUAUCAAGAGGAAAUUCAGGAUAUAGUCACUGACGAUCCAGUGUUCAACGAAGUGUACGACUCAGCCAAUAGGGCAACUAGUAUGUCGGAAAAGAAAAAAAGAGAAAAACGAAAUGAAACGUUAGAGCUAAUUGCACAGCUACAUGAACAGAGUAGGAACGAAAAUCGAGAAUUUCAAAAUCGAUUACUAACAGUCUUGGAAACGUUUUUGUCUUCAAUCGGAAAUUAA